GCUGACCUUCAGGGAGACCAGUUCAUCUGCGACCUGCGUACGGCAGUCUCACAGCCCAAGGCUUUUGAUGCCGUGAUGCGUAUCCGCACCAGUACUGGCACUCGACCCUUCGAGUUCCUCGGCAACUUCAACCAGCCAAACACCACGGACGUGGAGUUGGCAGCCAUUGACAAGAACACCGCCAUCACCUGUGAAAUACGUCAUGACGACAAACUGCCGGACAACGAUCUUGUCCUCAUUCAGCUGAACGCUUUAGCCUAUGAUUAG